UUUAUAUAAAAUGCGAUCGACAUCUACAGUAUAUCAAUAGUUUGUUGAAAUUGAUCAUCCAGGGAAAAUCCACAUCUUUCCACCAAAAUGAAGACUUUUUUGCUUUCAUUUGCCCUCAUUGCUGUUACCGGAGCGGUAGAUCCGAAUGUUCUCAAAUCUCUGGUCGGCGGCGGUGGUGAUACUGCUGAUGUUAGAUUUUCUUUAUCACCACUCGACGGUUCCUACCAAUAUGCAUAUCAAACCGCCGAUGGAACAGCCGUUUCACAGUCUGGUGUUGGUGGAGAAUUAGCCGAAGGAACUGCCCGUUGGGUGGCUCCUGAUGGCACACCAGUUGAGUUGUCCUACCGUGCUGAUGCUGGAGGAUACGUCGCCACUGGAAGUCACGUCCCACAAACCCCAGAAUAUGUUUACCGUGCCCUCGAAUGGAUCCGUUCUCAUCCAUCCGUUGAGGAUGUACCAUACAGGAACCCAUAUUCAAACAGACCAAACCAAUACCGGUUCCCCCCGGCAUUCUAAAACUUAUGUCAGUACCACCUGCAGCACAAUUACCUCAGUUGUGCCAUUUUUCCCCUUUUCCAAAGUGCCCAAACUCAGACUUUAAGUGAAAAUCUUCAGUCUUCUCUACAUUUAAGCACUCGGUCUCUAUAUAUAAAUCAACCACCUACACAACACCCUUCCCCGUCAAAGUUAGCACUUUUCAUUAAAAUAGAUACCCCCAAAAAAUUGCAUAAUUGACCACAAAUUCUGGUUGCAAUCUGAAUUGUUAAUGUUUUUCAAUAUGUAAAAAACCAGGACUAAUAAAUGUUUCAUAAAUAGUAUUACAAA